UGGCCAGCGCGGUCGGACGCGGGACCGGUGAGGGAGGGACCGGGGGGUCCCCGGGGGCUCCCGGUGGCCACUCUGACCCUGCCCGCCCCAGGUCCCCUCAUGCCGCGGACCGUGGCCGUCGUGGGCGGCGGCAUCAGCGGCCUGGCUGCCUGUUACCACCUGGUGCGCGCCCCCCGCCCGCCCAAGGUGGUGCUGCUGGAGGCCAGUGGCCGUUUUGGGGGGUGGCUGCAGAGCUCCAGGACCCCCGAGGGCGCCGUGUUCGAGCACGGCCCGAGGGGCGUCCGCCCGGCCGGGGCCGCGGGGGCCGAGACCCUGCACAUGGUGUCGGAGCUGGGGCUGGCCGGUGACGUCCUGGCUGUCCCCAGGGACCACCCGGCGGCCCGGAACCGCUUCCUGUACCUGGGGGGGGCCCUGCACCCCCUGCCCUCGGGGCUGGGGUGCGUGUCCCCUGUCCCCAGGGCCACCUCCCUCUGUCCCCAGGGCCGCCCCCGUCUGCAGUGCCGCUCCUGUCCCCUCUGUCCCCAGUGUCACCUCAUGUCCCCAGGGCCACCCCUGGACCGUGUGGUGUCCCUAGGGACUGCUCUGGGCUGUCCCCUCUGUCCCCAGUGUCACCUCAUGUCCCCAGUUCCACCUCCUGUCCCCUGUGUCCCUGCUGUCCCCAAUGUCCCUGCUGUCCCCAGGGGCCUGCUCCGUGCUGUCCCCAAUGUCACCCCUGUCCCUGCUGUCCCCAGGGGGCUGUCCCCAAUGUCCCGGCUGUCCCUGCUGUCCCCAAUGUCCCUGCUGUCCCCAAUGUCCCUGCUGUCCCCAGGGGGCUGUCCCUGCUGUCCCCAAUGUCCCUGCUGUCCCCAGGGGGCUGUCCCUGCUGUCCCCAAUGUCCCUGCUGUCCCUGCUGUCCCCAAUGUCCCUGCUGUCCCCAGGGGCCUGCUCCGUGCUGUCCCCCCGUUCUCACGGGCUCUGCUCUGGAGUGGGGUUCGGGAUCUGCUGACCCCGGCGGGGACGGGGCCGGACGAGAGCGCCCACGCCUUCGCCCAGCGCCGCUUCGGCCCCGAGGUGGCCGAGCUGGCCGUGGACAGUCUGUGCCGGGGGGUGUUUGCCGGGGACAGCCGAGCCCUGAGUGUCCGGUCCUGCUUCCCUGCCCUGUUCCAGGCCGAGCGGCGCCGGGGCUCCGUGCUGCUGGGGCUGGCACUGCCACACGGUGAGCGCGGGGCGGGCCCGGAGGUGGCCCUGGCGCGGCGGGCGCGGGCCGAGCGCUGGAGCCAGUGGUCCCUUCGGGGGGGGAUGGAGUCCCUGGCGGGGGCCUUGGUGGCCUUCGUGUCCCCCCGCGGGGCCGAGCUGCGCUGCCACGCGCCCCUGAGGCACCUGUGUCACCGCCGCGGCCGCUGGCAGCUCACCUUAGCUGACCACACCAUCACUGCUGACCAUGUGAUCAGUGCCCUCCCGGCCGCAGCCCUGGCCCGGGUCCUGCCGGCCGAGGCGGAGCCGCUGGCUCGGGAGCUCCGGGACAUCCCGGCCGCGUCCGUGGCCGUGGUCAGCCUGCAGUACGAGGGGGCCGCGCUGCCCGUCACGGGUUUCGGUCACCUGGUGCCAUCCUCGGAGGACCCCGCGCUCCUCGGCAUCGUCUACGACUCGGUGGCGUUCCCGGAGCUCGAUGGGACCCCCGGGAGCACCGGGAGCCCCUCGCUGCGGCUCACGGUGAUGCUGGGCGGUGCCUGGUUCCAGCAGAGUUUUGGGGACCCUGCAGCCGCGGCUCCGGAGCCGCUGCUGCGCCGGGCGCGGGCGGCCGUGCGCGACCACCUGGGGCUGGCCGGGACCCCCGCCCGUGCCAUGGUCAGGGUGCAGCAGGACUGCAUUCCCCAGUACACGCUGGGACACUGGGAGCGCCUUGAGCGGAUCCAGCGAUUCCUGAAGGAGCAGGAGCUGCCCCUGAGCCUCAUCGGUGCCUCCUACUGCGGGGUCUCCGUCAAUGACUGCAUUGCCAGUGCCAAGGCGGCCGUGGGGAGGAUUUUGGGGCUCCCCCCGUGAUCCUCAGCACCCCCCUCCCGCCCCGUGCAGGGGCUCCCCUCGGUCACCACCAGACGACUAAGUGAUUUUUUUUUUUUUUAAUUGAAAAAAACUCCUUAGAAAGGUCCA